GACGCAUCGCGUGCGCGUCUGGAUCCCGAAAACCACACGAUACGUCACCACCGUGUCUUUCAAAAAAACGCCACCUUUCCUGGUUUUCGCGUGCGCGUCCUGUCGCCAACACGCCACGCUCUCGCUUCACGAUCGCGAUGCCGAUGUGCGACGUGCUUAGCCGCAUGUCGCGUUCCUUGCGAUCAACGUACCUCGGCUCCUCACGUCAGUAUCGACGCUAACUUGGAUUCGGAGCUCGAAUCAAGUGCUGAAUGCACAGCGACCACAGCUCCGGCUGUCGAUCAAUCAUCAAUACGGGGAAACCUUGAUCGCAGUUUUCAUCUCAUUCUCCAAGCCGAAUUAGAUUGAGCAGGAGUAUCGUGGUUCGCGACUCAGUACUCAUCGGACGCACACGCACCCGGGCAUCUGUGUCACACCUGCGUGUUUACAUACAUCACAGCAAUCAUCAUCGAAUAACAGCAACAUCGCCGUCAACGACCAAUCAUGCAAGAAACGGACCUCCACUAUCCACCCGAAACUUGUCCGUUUUGCAACAUUGCAGCCGCUUUUCCAUUUUCAGCUCCCUCUUCGUCAAAUAGUCCUACACUAUGGACAAGUAGAAGUAAAAGCCACGAGUCCUACCUAGACUGUGUACCUAAAGACGACGAAAGCGACCCGGAGAAGACCAAUCCGAGUAGUUUUGUUGUCCUGAGGAGCAAGGAUGUUGUUGCUUUUCUUGACAUCUUACCCAUGACUGGCGGACAUCUACUAGUCACUACUCGACAGCACAAAGUCAAAGUUGCAGACAUGGAACCCGUGGAGAGUAGAGAGAUUGGCUUCUGGCUACCAGUGUUAGCAAGGACAGUGGCCAAGGUUACAGGUGUAACAGAUUACAACAUUGUGCAGAAUAACGGAGCGCGUGCCGCACAAGUGGUACCACAUGUGCAUUUCCACAUCAUACCGCGUCCAGAGACAAUGCCAGAGAUCAAAAACAAGAGCUGGACAAUGUUUGGGCGGGGUCAAAGAGAUGAUUUGGAUGACGAAGAGGGCGCCAAGAUGGCAGGCGAAAUGCGGAGGGUUCUAAGAGAGGAGGUAGAGAAGAUGAGUGGUACGAGUGCGAAGUUAUGAGAGGGACGGGUCAAGCUGUUGUUUUCUGCGGAUUUGGGCCCUAUUCGAUUCAUUCAGGUCACAAAGGUCACUGGGCGCUACGUUACAGUACAUGGUUGAUAUUCAGUAUUAUCGACUUUAAUAAACACAACAAUUAUCAAGGACGCUGGGUAUCA